AGGUUUCAUCAAUUAACACACCUGCCGGUAAUGUUGCAAUUGGUGCCAAUAUCGUAAUCACCUGGUCAUACACCGCACAACCGAAUCCUCUUCCUGGUACUCUAAGUGUUAUCGACAACGCGACUAAGAACACCGUUACAAUUAGCGCUAAUAUAAACCUUUCUACUCAAUCUUACCAAUGGACUGUCAAUGUUCCCGCGGGAACUUAUUACCUUGCUCUCAAUGACGGAUCUGGUGAUAAAUAUUCUGGAACUUUCACUGUCUUCCAACCCGGCGGUGCCAAUCCCCCACCCGCUGCUUCUGGCACUGCAGCUGCACCUCCAGCAGCAUCUGGUGCUGCCAGCACUCAAAGUUCAGCUCCGAAAUCAACAUCAUCAAGUGCACCAACGACCAAUGCUGCUGCAAGUUUCACUGGAUCAAGCAUUUCUGGAUACAAACUUCUGUUUAGCCUUAUUGUAGUAGCAGCAGUAAUG